GAAAUUAUGCUUGCUGCUUUUUAUCCCUCUCCCAACGACGAUGAGGUGCGAAACUGAAUUUGGAAAGAGUAAAGUUUGGAUAUUUUUGAUGGGGUGAUGCUGCCAAUCUGGUCUGAAUUCCUCUUCUCUCCCUAUAAAACUUAUUACUUUUUUUUAAUCUUAUUCCAUGCCGAACCCUUGUUUCUUUCAAUUGGGUUGAAGUCUUUUCCUUGUCAAUUUCCCCAAUUCAGAGAAUUAGGUAUCUUCCCAUCAUGAUUAUGUAAAUUAAUUUCCUUCUUAGUUAAAUUAGAGAAUAAAGUCUGUUCCUUUUCCAUUUAGGAAACUAUAUGUAUUCUUAAUCCUUGUGCUAUAUGGAUUCCCUGUGUCCUUAUUUAAUAUCCUAAGUAUGUAUGUUUUUUGUUGAGUAAAAAAUAAUGGAUGAUAGACUAAGCGAGGAUUUAGCAGUUGAAAUUCUGUGUAGACUUCCGGUGAAGAGUCUGAUGCAAUGUAAGAGGGUUUCAAAAGGCUGGUACAACCUCAUCUCGAAUGUUUGUGUCCCCAACAUUUCUCGCAUUUCAUCCACUACCCCUUCUGGUUUUUUGUUCACUUUUGUACGCCGAAAAAUUUCCAGUUAUCAUAACGCCUAUGUUUCUUAUCCACAAGGUCGUUAUUGUGAUAACGAUUGUUCAGGUUUUCUCAGAUCUUGUAUUGAACUUUUACCAUGCAGACCCUAUCAGCUGCAGGAUGCUUGCAACGGCUUGCUUUUAUUUUUUUCAGCAGAUGGUCGCUAUUACGUCUGCAACCCAACUACCAAGCAGUGCAUUGCUGUUCCUUAUGUCCAACGCAAAUAUAAAUCUUAUUUUGCUUCGCUUGUAAUUGAAAAUUUCAUGUCGCCACACUACAAAAUUAUCCGGUUUCCUGAUAUAAAGUUCGGUUGUAGCUUUAUAAAGCUUGAUGUAUUCUCUUCAGCUACUGGAAACUGGGUGAAGCAAAAGUUACGCAUUGAACAAUCGGUUUUUAGUUCUGUUAAGUGUAUUGAGCGCACUGUUUAUUUGAAUGGAAAGCUAUACAGGCAAUCUAUGUCAGAGUAUCUCCUUUGUUUUGACUUGGACAAUCUUAUUGCUAAGGCCAUUCAGCUGCCUGUUGCUAAUUCUAUAGGCAAGUUUGGCUUUAUUGGCCUUUCCAAAGGGCAAUUAUAUUAUGCCAAUCAUGAUUCUUCCAAAUCCAAUAUUUGUUUUUGGAUUCUUGAGGACUGUUUUUGGAGAUUGAAGUAUUGCCUUUCAAUUAGUCAUUUGAUGUCUUUAAGUCCUCAAGUUAGAGAACUGUGCAAGGAUGGCAUCUCUACAAAUUUUAUGCCCUAUGCUAUUCAUCCAAGUGCUGAUAUUGUUUUUCUUGGAUUCCCUACUAUGCUCCUCAGUUAUAAUUUUCAAGAUGAAAAUUUGGAAGUGAUCUUUAAAAUGGUCAAAGGCAGAUUAAUAUACGGAGGCAAAUAUAUGGUCUACCCUUACUCUCCCAGCUUUAUAGUUCUCAACGACUUCACCAAGCACCCUCCUCAAUCUUCAUUGAUUUAGGUCAGUCACUUGUGGUAGCAGGUUUUAUCACUUGCUAUGAAGCUGAAGACGCACUGCCUAGAGGAACUUGAAAUGAAAUAGAGUACUCUUGCAGUUUAGAUGCUUGCAGAUUUAUGACUGAUAAUGACGGGCGGGUUAUUAUUGGAUUGACAAACGUACAAGGUGAUAACUGCAGCAGUAAGAGCUCUGAUAUGAUAUCCAUACUUGUAUGAGUAGGCAUCCAUCUAUUUUCAAAUGCAAAACUAUAAAAGAAGGUUCUCUACAUCUAAGAAAGAGUUUGCACUUUUGAUUUGUUAGUUUCUGUUUCUUUUCCCGAGCAAAGUACUAGUAUAGCAGCAAACUGAAUGACUGCGCGAGGCCAUAACUAACUCUUCUUACGUGGCUUGUUUUGAUUAGUCCUCUGUAUGUGUUUAUAAUGUGCUCUACUUCUGAUGAAUGAUCUUACAUUUGUUUAAAUAGAAAUCGUAAACUUCAAUAGAA